GGUUUUUAUUUGCACUGUCAGACCAACCCUGAUGCUUCCAAUUUGGCACAGGCGAGGGAUAUUUAAAAAAUACAAAGGAAAGCCCCUCUGUGCUCUGGUUGUCACAAAGGGUUAAGCUGAGAGAGUCGGAUUCCUAGAGCGGCACUUCGGACGGAAAUGGUUCUGACUAUUGAAGGCCCUCCUCUUCCUUUUCUCCCCCUUAGCGACUCUAUGGUGCUUUUCUUUGCUGCAAAGUAGAGGCUGGAAAAAGAGAUUUUUCAGCUCCGGGGAGGGAAUCCGGUAAGUGAGAAGCGCCUUGAGGCAGGAGCAGAGAGCUCGCCUGGAAUAGGAAGGUUUGCUUUAGGGAUCUGCUGGAUCAGACAGACCCCUCCCAGACCAGCCUCCUGCUCCCAGCCAGACCUGGGCAGCCAGACCUCUCUGGGAUGCUCAGAGGCAGCAAGGCAGCAGCAAACCUCUUGCUGCUCUCUGCCUCCAGCAUUUUGCAGGUGAACUGCUCCUGAACAUGCAGGUUCCGCGGAGCUGUGAUGAGUUUUAGAACAUCCUCUGUGGAUUUCUCUAUCCCACCCCCCACCCCUUUUAAACAUGAAGUCUAUCAAGGACUAUUCUUCAUCAUGGCUAUGUCUUGCUUGAUCUGUCUUCAGGGACAUUAUGUCAGGGGUGGCCAGAAGCCAGAUGCUUGGCAGGGGGUUGGACUCGAUGGCCCUUGUGGUCCCUUCCAACUCUAUGAUUCUAUUCUAUGAUUGAGGGGGGGGGGAUUUCCAGUAGAUGACUAAGAGUCUCUAAGGCUCCUUGAUUGCCAGUUGAUUAGAAAUAGCAGUAACAACUCCUUCUCCUGCCCUGCAGCAAUGAAACAAACAGCUUCUGAAUGUGAGAAAGCGCAGUGGGAAACCAGGACUGGACUCCCGUGUGAAAGGGCUGUAAUAAGGGGGCCAUCGGCACUAUGCAUUUAGCGCAAUGUAAUUCCACUUUAAACUGUCAUGGCUUCCCCCAAAGAAUCCUGGGAACUGUAGUUUGUUAAGAGUGCUGAGAGGAGACCCCCUAUGCCCCUCACAGAGCUACAGUUCUCUGAGGACUGAGCAUGCUUACUAUCCACUGAAUACUGACUGAUGAUUGGUGGGAUGAAAAACAUGGGGGCAGAGAAUGGAAUGGAGUAUCCUGAACAGGAGUGUUCCACAAUGCAACUUUUCGCUGCAGCUCCCACUGAUUCUCUUUCCUUGCAGAGGCACCGGGCCUUAUAAACAAUCUGGACCUGGCAGUUGACAUCACCGAGAAACAUGGGAUAGCAGUGUGUGAGUGACCCCUGCCAAGCCCCGGAGUUAAGAGAGGUGAUGGCGUCCAAACGCAGGAAUGCAGCUGUCUGGGCUGUCCCCCGAGAUGUCCUGCUGGAGGACACAGUGAAGGAGGAGGCAUCAGAGUCUGAACCAGAGGAGGCUGCAGGAACAGGCCCCUUGGCCCUCCGCUCAGAGAGCCUCAAGGAAUUGUGGGAAGGGACCAUAACAGAGCACAUUAAGCAGGAACCCGAGGAAGUGCCUCAGGAGGAGUGCUGGGAAGCUCAGUGUCAGGGGCUCCUGAAGGUUGUGAGAUCUCCACAGUCUGAACCAGGAAACCUGCAGCUGGCCAGCAAUGGCCCAAGGGACGCUCAGGCUUCCUUUGAGGGGCGAUCAGACACUGGGCGAGGCAAGGUGAUCCGCCACCUGCCCGGCCCUGGAGGAGACGUCUCCCAGCCCACCCACAGCAUAUUGGCCCUGGAUCGUGGGGAAGUGAAGAAGGAGGCUCCCAGCCAGGAGGUGGAGCGCCUGUGCUUCAGGCAGUUCCUCUACCAGGAGGCCGAGGGGCCGCGAGAUCUCUGUGGGAUGCUGUGGAGGCUCUGCCAUCGGUGGCUGCAGCCAGAGAGGCGCACCAAGGAGCAGAUGCUGGAGCUGGUGAUCCUGGAGCAGUUCCUGGCUGUCCUGCCCCCAGAGAUGCAGACCUGGGUCAGGGAAGGCGGGCCGGAGACUUGCGGUCAGGCAGUCGGCCUGGCGGAGGAUUUCCUGGAGAGGCAGCAAGAGAACGAGCACGAAAUACAACAGGUGAGAGGGCAGGAGAUCAGUCCUGGGAAGAACAAAACAAACAGUGGCAAGGAGCCCAUAGGGCUAGCUAUUGGGGCAGUUUACGCUGGCUGUAAAUAUGCAUUGGACUGACUGUUCCUUUAGAUCCGAUAUAGGCAAACUGGGCCCUCCAGAUGUCUUGGGACUACAAUUCCCAUCAUCCUUGACCCAGUGGUCCUGCUAGCUAGGGAUCAUGGGAGUUGAAGGUCAAAAACAUCUGGAGAGCCGAGUUUGCCUAUGCUUGCCCUAGAUGGUUCGAAAAUGGGAUCUGGCCGAAUCAGCAGGGGUUGGCUGUAUUGGCAGAGUAGAACCUCCAGGUUCUGAGGCAGUGUACCUUAGAACGCCACUUGCUGGGGGAAGACUAAGGAUGGUGGGCAGCGCACUCUCUGCCCUAACAGACCAGCUUCCACUGCUGUGAACAGGCAGUCUGUGUUGGUUGGAGAGAAGCUAUGUGGACACAGGAGUGAUGGAUUCCUGUGCUCCAGUCCCUGUCUUGAGAUGGGCUGCCACAUUCUGCACCAGCUGGUUUAAUGCAUCCCCCUUCAAAGACAGUGCAGAGGACAGCCUUUGCCUGAAGAAAGUCUACUUGAGAUUCUGAAGAGCUGCUGCCGGUCAGUGUAGGCAAUACUGUGAAAGAUGGGCCAAUGGCCUGACCCAGUCAAAGGCAGGGAGUCCUUGGCCCUCCAGAUGUUGCUGGACUCCCACUCCCCUGACCAUUGGCCAUGCUGGCUGGGGGCUGAUGAGAAUUAGAGUACUGUAGCAUCUGGAAAAGCUCCAGAGGUUCCCCACCCCUGAAUCUCAGGCGAUUCGCACCCAUUUCUUUGUCUUGUUCUUUCUGCUGUUUCAGGUCCUCUGGCCCUUCAAGGAGAAAGCGGAUGAUUCCCCUGAGGCUGACGGGGCUCUGUCAGACUCUGGUGAGUGGCCGCUCACCAAAGUGGAGGAUUCGGCUGCUGAUGCCCCUUGGCUGGGUAAGGAGUCUUUGGCUGGAGGGAGUUCUCUUGCGGAGCAGGUUGUGCAAAUGAGGGGCCACCACAAAAAAGGCUCUGCCCACAGAUCUAGUGCACACCAAUUAUUUUGAUUAUCAUUAUGAUUUCUUUCAUUUCUAUACAGCUUUAUAUUUUUAAGAAAAAUCUCAAAGCAGUUUACAGAAUAUUAAAACAUCAAUAAAACAAUUUGAAGAAAGUCAAAUAUAGAGUACGCAGCCAAAGCAACAUAAUUAACAGAAAACUAAAAUGUGAUCUUAAAGAUAAUAAAAUGAAACAUUACAAAGGAGGUGAAGUACAGAAUACAUAUUUAACACAAAGAAAGUUAACAAAGUAAAAACUUAAACAUUUUUUAAAAAACCAUUACUAGUAAAGUAAAAUAUUAAAUGCACAUUUAAAACAGCAUAAUUAACAAGAGAAUAAAAUAUUUUCAUAAGCAUGACAUGGCUGUUUGGCAGGCACAAAAAGAUGGGGCAAAAGAAUCCAACUGUUAGGGUUUGUUGUCAGGCAUAGCAGUGUCCCUCUGGUUCUCACCAGGAGCCUCUUUAGUAGAGCUGGGGAGUGUGGGCCCCGCCCCCUAGGCCUGGUGGAAAGGGCUUUGCAGGGAGCAGCCUUCAAGACUCACAGCCAGGUAAUCUAACUGACCUUAUAGAUGCACUAGCAAGCAGGAUCUUUGAUAACUGGGCCCCAAACCCCUUCUUUGCUGUGUAAUGUUAUCCAAGCUGUGUAAUGUUAUCCUGGUGAAGGGAAAUCUUCCUUUGUAAGGAUUCUCUGUUUUUUUCCAACAGACAAUGAGAGGGCAUGUUGGAAGAAGAAUCUGCCAAUCAAUUCUGAAGGAGCUGAACUACGUUGGAUGCUGCCAGGGAGAUCAGAACAGACAGUUUCCCGUUAUCCUUACUGGGGAGAAGCAUCCGAAAACCAGCAGGAAACUCACCCCCAUAAUGAAGAAGGCAAAUCCGUUCCUUUCCAGCUCCCUGCCAUGCCAGUCCAGCAAAGGUUCCUCAAGGGUGAGACAUGCGCUGAGUGCGGAAAAUCCUUUCGCUGCAAGGCAGAGCUCACUGAACACCAGAGAAUGCACUCAGGAGAGAAACCCUACAUCUGCUCCGACUGUGGGAAGAGCUUCUGCAGUAGGAAUGUCCUGGUUGCCCAUCAGAGAAUCCACAGCGGGGAGAACCGCUUCAGUUGCUCAGAUUGCGGGAAGAACUUCAGCCAGCAAUCGCAUCUUACGGCACAUGAGAGAACCCACAGGCAAGAGAAGCCCUUUGUUUGCCCAGAUUGCGGACAGAGCUUCAGAGGGCACAGCGGGCUUGCGGCUCAUCUGAGAAUCCACACGGGAGAGAGGCCCUACCAUUGCCCAGACUGCGGAAAAAGCUUCCGGCAGAGAUUUGACCUUAACCGACACCAGAGAAUCCACACGGGAGAGAAACCGCACCAGUGUCCCGACUGUCCCAAAAGCUUCAGGAACAGGUCGGCUUUUGUCGUGCACCGGAGAAUCCACACCGAGGAGAAACCGUACCCGUGCUCUGGGUGUGGCAAGCGUUUCCGUCAUCGCACGAACCUCCUCACGCACGAGAGGCUCCACACGGGAGAGAAGCCCUACAAGUGUACGGUGUGCGAUAAGAGCUUUGUCGAAAGCUCGUCCCUCAUGAAACACAAGCGAGCCCACACGGGCGAGAAGCCCUACAAGUGUGCCGAGUGUGGGAAAUGCUUCUCUCAGAACGCCGGCCUGGUUCAGCACGAGAAGAUCCACACGGGAGAAAAACCCUUCCAGUGCCCGGACUGUCCCAAAAGCUUCCGGGACAAGUCGGCCUUUGUCGUUCAUCACAGGACGCACACAAGGGAGAAACCGUUUAAUUGCUCGAUCUGCGAGAAGAGCUUCAGCCAUCGCUCCAACCUUCUCAAGCACGAGAGAACCCACACUGGGGUGAAGCCAUACAAGUGCCUAGAGUGCGGAAAGGGCUUCACUCAGAAGUCAAGCCUCCUCUCGCAUGCAAGAAGCCAUCGGCCUCGUAUACCUGAAGGAGCGUCUCCACUCGCAUCGUUCAGCCUGGGCAUGGAGGUCCAGCUCCUUGGAGGGCCUUCAGGCAGUUCCGUCACUGUGAGAAGUGAAGCUAUAGGGAACCAAGCAUUGGGCCUUCUCAGUAGUGGCCCCUGCCCUGUGGAAUGCCCUCCCCUCAGAGGUCAGAAAGAUAAACAACUGCACGACUUUCCGGAGAAAUCUGAAGGCAGCUCCGUAUCGGGAAGUUUUUAAUAUCUGAAGUUUCAUUGUAUUUUUAUAUUCUGUUGGAGGCCGCCCAGAGUGGCUGGGGCAACCCACUCACAUGGGCGGAGUACAAAUAAUAAAUGAUGAUGAUGAUGAUGAUGUAUACAUUGGCUUAGAGGGUGGGGAGUACCGUCUCCCUGGGCAUCCAUGGAGGAGCAAAUGGCUGAACAAUAAAAUAAAGUCACCUGUCUGCUUUUAGAGAUCUCCAGUUUCUUGGCAUUUACUGCCAUUAUUAGUUGGCAACGAGGAAUAUUAGGAGAUGUGUGUGCUUUUUAUCUGGUGCGAAAGGAAGGG